AAGCGUGUUUUUUGAAUAGCAUAAUGCCAACAACAAAAAUAAGUCAAAGCUACCUCUCAAAAUCAUUCAUUCUCAUUACUGUUCUCGUUUUUACUCCUUCUAUAAUAUUGAAGGCGCACACACACACACCACACACACAAAUGGAAGGAGGGGAAGAAGAGAAGAUGGAUACGAACACAGAAGAAAAUCAGUUGCUGGAUAACUCUUCAAAACCCAGAAAGGGUGGUCUCAGAACCAUGCCUUUCAUCAUAGUGAACGAGUCAUUUGAGAGAGUGGCAAGCUAUGGACUGAUGCCGAACAUGGUGUUCUACUUGAUGAAUGGCUAUGGCAUGGACGCUGUCGGUGCGUCUAACGUACUCUAUGUUUGGUCAGCAGCUUCCAAUGGUUUGGCCAUUGUUGGAGCUUUUCUCUCUGAUUCUUACUUGGGUCGCUUCAAGGUCAUUGCUCUUGGAUCCAUUGCUAGUCUUCUGGGGAUGAUUGUUCUCUGGUUAACUGCCAUGAUACCACAGUUGCAACCGUCACAAAGCAACUCUGCAACAGCAGCCCAACUUGCUUUGUUGUUUUCUUCUUUUGGUCUGAUGUCCAUUGGAGCUGGUUGCAUUAGACCUUGUUCUAUAGCCUUUGGUGCAGACCAGUUGGCCAACAAAGAAAACCCCAACAAUGAGAGGGUAUUGGAAAGCUUCUUCAACUGGUACUAUGCUUCGACUGGAGUCUCAACGGUUCUUGCUUUGACUGUUAUCGUAUACAUCCAAGAAAAUUUGGGUUGGGCAGUUGGUUUUGGAGUCCCUGCUAUCCUCAUGGUUUUCUCUGCUGUAAUGUUUUAUCUUGGUUCUUCUCUUUAUAUUAAAGCUAAAGUUGGUGAGAGCUUGCUCGCGGGAUUUGUUCAAGUUUCAGUUGUAGCAUUUAAGAAGAGAAAUAUCAGUCUUCCUCUGCCCGGCAACGAUGAUGGCUUUUACCAUCGUAACCGUGAGUCAAAGAUUGCACCAACCGAGAACUUAAGGUGGCUGAAUAAAGCUUGCGUCAUUCAAGAUCCUGAGAGUGAGUUAAACCCUGAUGGAUCAGCUUCAAAUCCAUGGACUCUCUGCACCGUGGAACAAGUAGAAUCUCUCAAGGCUCUUCUUAGAAUCAUCCCCAUGUGGUCCACUGGCAUUAUGCUCCUGGUGGCCUUGAGCCAAGGCUCUUUCACUAUGCUUCAAAUUACCACCAUGGAUAGACACUUCUUGGGGUUUGAAAUUCCUGCCGGGUCCUUCAACGUGUUCAUGAUUGUGACUCUAACCUUGUGGAUUGCCUUUUAUGACCGAGUAUUGGUGCCUAUAUUAUCAAGACAUACUAGGCAAGCACGAGGGCUUAGCCCCAAAGUUCGAAUGGGGAUUGGAUUGAUACUCUCAUGCGUAGCAAUGUCUGUAACAGCAAUAGUGGAAACCAUAAGAAGGGCAAAGGCAAUUGAAGAUGGGUUUGAGGAUGAUCCCAAUGCUGUGGUGGACAUGUCUGCGAUGUGGAUGGUGCCACAAUACGCCCUGCUUGGAUUAGCCGAGGCUUUUAAUGCAAUUGGGCAGAUAGAAUUCUUUUACACACAGUUCCCGAAAACCAUGGCUAGCAUUGGAGUAGCUAUAUACACAAUGGGGUUGGCUGUGGCUAGCUUGUUGGGGAGUCUUCUGGUGAAUAUCGUGGACGAUGUAACUGGGAAAGGAGGUAAUAUAAGCUGGUUGGCAAGCAACAUCAACAAGGGUCACUUGGAGUACUAUUUUGGGCUGGUCACUUUCUUAUGUGUGGUUAACUUCGUUUACUAUCUGAUUUGUUGUCUCUAUUAUGAUCGUUCUGAGAAUCGGACGACUCGGUUGUCUCGGGCUGUCGAAGAAGAAGCUGAAUAUACUCCUUUAACUUCAGCCUCAUAAGUAUGUAAUAGGCAUGAGUAUGGUGACUGAUAAAUAUGAAUUGUACUGGACACUCCUGUGAUCUCUAUGGUGUUUUCCUCGUAAUGUAAUGUUUAUUGCUGAAGAACUUUACUCGGUUGUCAUGGAAACAGAAAAUUUGUUGCCUUCUGUUCUUAUAUACUCUUUGACACCAGAUAAGUGAGACCAGUGUCGCUUUUGGAGCAGUGGUAUGGCCCAAGG